AUGGCGGCCCACUCCUGCAAUGACAAUGGAGAAAAAUAUGAUCCUGAGCAGCAGGAGCCACAUUCUCCAGACAUUAAAAAAGAGGAGGUUCCCCUUCAAAUUAAAGAGGAGAAGGACACGGAGCUCCUUUGCGUUAAAGAAGAGCAGCAGCCGCCUUCCUUCAACAUCAAAGAAGAAGCACAGCUCUCAUACAUUAAAAAGGAAGACGAUUUCACAGAAUUGCCGGUGACUGAUGUCCCUUCGAAGGCUGAAGAUUCUUCAAAUCACCACCUGAAAGUAAAAGACAAUGAACUAUUGCUCUCCGAUAGCGACCGUACCAUGUCCAACUCAUCUGACUUGGACAACAGGGAGAAAUCUUUUUCCUGCACAUAUUGCGACAACGGAGAAAAAUAUGAUCCCGAGCAGCAGGAGCCACAUUCUCCGGACAUUAAAAAAGAGGAGGUUCCCCUUCAAAUUAAAGUGGAGGAUACAGAGCUCCUUUGCGUUAAAGAAGAGCAGCAGCCGCAUUCCUUCGACAUCAAAGAAGAAGCGCAGUUCUCAUACAUUAAAAAGGAGGACAAUUUCACAGAAUUGUCGGUGACUGGUGUCCCUUCAAAGGCUGAAGAUUCUCCAAAUCACAACCUGAAAGUAGAAGACAAUGAACUAUUGCUCUCUGAUAGCGACCAUACCAGGUCCAACUCAUCUGACUUUGACAACAGGGAGAAAUCUUUUUCCUGCACGUAUUGCGGUAAAAGAUUCUCCCGUAAGAGCCGCUUAGAAAGCCACACCAGAACACAUACUGGUGAGAAACCUUUCGCCUGUUCAGUUUGCGGUAAACGAUUCUUGACCAAAGCGUUCGCCAGAUUCCACACCCACAAAGACGAGAAAGCGUUCGCCUGCCUGGCGUGCGGUCGCCGGUUCUUGCAAAAAGCGCACCUCGUAGCCCACACGAAAAUGCACAACGGCGUCAGACCUUUCGCCUGCUCGUUUUGCGAUUGUCGGUUCACCACAAACGGGAAUUUGAGCAGGCACACGAGGGUACACACCGGCGAGAAACCAUUUGUCUGCGGCGUUUGCGGUACAAGCUUCUCAGAGAAGGGCGUUUUAACCGCACAUGUCAGAACGCACACCGGAGAGAAACCAUUCACCUGUUCCGAAUGCGGGAAAGCUUUCUCGACAAAGACCAACUUAAAGAUGCACGCGCAAACACACACUGGUGUGAAACCGUAUGCCUGCUCCGACUGCGGGAAACGCUACUCGUCAAAGACCAACUUAAAGAAGCACGAGCGCCUUGACAACGUACGCAAGAACGCACACUGGUUAGAAACUGUUUCCCUGUUUAGUGUGCAGUCAACAAUCCUCACAGACUUGAGUGAAAGCUAUUUCCCUCCUUCCAUCAAAGAAGAGGAAGUGGACCUGGAAGUCUUUCACAUUAAAGAGGAAGAUCAUCCGCAACGUUCUCAUGUCCUAAAGGAGGAGGAGCCUUUAAUCCCGAGUAAAAAGGAGGCAGAUUCAACCGAGUCGCCGGUGACUUUUGUCCCUUUCAAAACCCAAUGCGAGGAGAAAGUGGCGAAAACAGAAGGCGACGCGGACGGCCUCCUUGCGCCGCUUUCAGAUAGCGACGACGUAACGUCUCGCUCUCCCUACACGGAUGAGGACGAACUGUCUGACGACAAACGCUGGAAAUGCUUCCGCUGCGGGAAAAGUUUCGCCUACAAAUCUCUCUGGAAAACGCACAUGACGGUCCACACCGGAGAGAAAGCCUUCGUCUGCUCUGUCUGCGGUCGAAGAUUCUCUCAAAAAGGAAGCUUGAGAAGACACGCCGCCACGCACGCGGGGAAGAAAGCCUUCGACUGCUCCGUUUGCGGCCAGCGUUUCUCGCAAAAGGGAAGCUUGAGACGACACGCCGUCUCGCACACGGGGGAGAAAGCGUUUGCUUGCUCCGUUUGUGGCUUGCGAUUCUCUUACAAACACACGUUGGCCAACCACUCGCUGACACACACGGGGGAGAAGGCGUUCGCCUGCGCCGUGUGCGGUCGCCGAUUCUUCCAAAAGGUCCACUUGAUAUCCCACUCCAGAACUCACACGGGAGAAAAACCUUUCGCCUGCUCGUUUUGCAAUCGCCGCUUCUCCAUCAAAGCCAAUUUAAGAAUACACACGCGAAUUCACACAGGGGAAAAACCCUUCGCCUGCUCCGUGUGCGGCCAACGCUUUGCAGAGAGCCGCACGCUGACCACGCACGCCAUGAGGCACAGCGGAGAGAGACCGUUUGCUUGCUCGGACUGCGGGAAAAGCUUUUCGACUCGAGCCAAUAUGAAAACGCACACCCGGACGCACACUGGUGAGAAACCCUUCGCCUGCUCAGUUUGCGGUCAGAAAUUCUCCGCCAGGCGCACUUUGAUUACGCACGCUAGACGACACACCGGAGAGAAACCCUUCCCCUGUUCCCUAUGCGGCAAGAAAUUCUCCUCGCAGAGGUACUUCAAGUCUCACAUGAGGACGCACACGGGCGAGAAACCCUUCACCUGCUCCGUGUGCGGUCAAAAAUUUGCACACCAGGGCAACUUAAAGCGUCACAUCAGAGCACACAGCGGCGAUAAACCUUUCACCUGCUCCGUUUGCGGAACUGUUGCAUACUACAGCCACAUGACGUUGGGCAUUGUCAUGGACCAGGAGGAACCCAGCUCUACAGUGAUUGCCAGUGAGCAGAGGGCUCUCUACAGGAUGUCUGGCCCUCAGACCAUCCUCAUUGAGCCCAUUUCUGAUUAUCUGGUCAGAAACAUUGACGCCAGUGGCCGGCUGAAGGUUGGUCCUCAGACUGUCCAGGAACUCGGUGAUGUGCUGGUCCAGAUCUGGGUGGAAAUUCCUCAGGAGAACAUCCGCCUCCUCAUCAGGAGCAUGCCCAGGUGUUACAGGGAGGUCAUACAAGCAUGCAGAGGCCAAACACACCACUAA